UAUCCCCCUCUCUCCACAUCAUUAACCAUUCAAACCAGGUAGAGCAGCGGAAGCCAACCCACGUCUGGCCGGUCGUCCCUUUCCGCUGCAAUUUGUGUGUGUGUGAGCGCAGCGAGCUAACGAGGAUUGUGUGAGUCCUCGCCAAGGAUUAGCGGGGUUGGUUCGUCCUCAGUAACAUUAGAGACAGUGUCGCGGCAGCUGCAGUUAAAUCAAAGGCUUUAGCUCGCUUUGUUGGAUGGUAACCGUUUAAUAUCCCUCUCUCUCCACUGUAAUAGCUGCUGUCAAUGCAGCUGAAGACUCGCCUUUUCGUCGCAUAGGUUACACGAGGACAUUUGGGGUUUAAUUUUUCCGAACGGAAUUAUAAAUGUCGGACCUCGUCAGAAUGAUGCACUGAAGAAGGAAUAGGCUACGUGCAAGCGUCUGUCCAGAGGCUGCAGUAUAGCUGAGGGAUUGCGGUGCAAAGUUUUUUUUUACGGUUUCACCGUCUAACAUCAGUGGUUGGCUAUAAAGGGAGAAUCGUGAAUCUCGAUCCCCCUGCGCUCGGCGGAGACAUAAUGGCCACUCUACUGCGUAAAAUCGGUCUGAUUCGUCUUCACGACCGGGACACAGAGGACCCCAAGCAUCACCAGGGCUCGCUAAAGGGGACCAAGGGGAACACCAAGAACAACGCCAAGCAGCACUCUCAGACCACCAACGAGACCAACAACCUCCUCAGCACCCCCGAGAUAAAAGCGAAGAAGCUGGAUCAGCACAGCAGCAAGGACAAACCGUCCGUAAAGGAUAAGCAACAGGCCAAGGACACCAAGGAGAAACAGCAGAUGGGAGGCGGAGGAGGAGGAGGUGGGAUCGGGGUUGGGAAAUCAGCGACCAGUGCCUCGAUACCACCACUAGCCCCUCACCGGCAGCACUGCACCCAAGUCCGGACGAGAAGACUCAUGAAGGAACUCCAGGAGAUCCGGCGGUUGGGAGACAACUUUAUAACGGUCGAGCUGGUCGACGACAACCUAUUUGACUGGAACGUCAAGCUCCACCAGGUAGACAAAGACUCGGCGCUGUGGCAGGACAUGAAAGAAACGAACACCGAGUUCAUACUGUUGAAUGUCUCUUUCCCCGACAAUUUCCCCUUCUCCCCGCCUUUCAUGCGGGUGCUCACCCCCCGGUUGGAAAACGGGUACGUGCUGGAUGGCGGAGCGAUAUGUAUGGAGCUGUUAACCCCCCGCGGAUGGUCCAGCGCCUACACAGUGGAAGCCGUGAUGAGGCAAUUUGCCGCAAGUCUCGUAAAAGGACAGGGGCGUAUCUGCAGGAAAGCAGGGAAGUCCAAGAAGGCUUUUAGCCGCAAAGAGGCAGAGGCCACCUUUAAGAGUCUGGUGAAGACCCACGAGAAGUACGGCUGGGUCUCCCCCCCUGUGUCUGACGGCUGAGGAAAGAGGUUGGCCAUGACGCUAGCUAGCCAUGCUAACCACGACACACCACGCUAAUUCAACUCCUCCUCCUUCUUGACACUACAGCUCCACCGCUCCAGUUGUUUUGUUUUUAGUUUUUGUUGUUUCAAUCACCUCACUGAAACUCUUCAGAAAAAUGAACAAACGAACGCUCGUCAUCGAGGUCUACUUUUUCACUUUGCCGAUCAUUGCCAUCAUCAAGUCGUCAUUUCUCCACAUCCCUCCAGCGCUGCACUCCUCUGUCCCUCGUUCCCUCCCUCCUUCACUUUCUCUUUCUCUCCCUUCGGCUGAGUAGAGGGUUCAGAGUGAGGUGUGUCUGUCAGUGGAGGGUGUGUCAGUGGAGUGUGUGUCACAGCGGGCCAUGGAUUGGGUUUCCGACACACACACACCCACACACACUGAGGGACAUUCAGACAGACUGUGUGUGGAUCUACGGGUUAAGACUGUGAAAGACUACUGCGAAGAGAGCGAUGUAUUCUCCUCUCCAACCUUUACCCCACCUUCCCUGCUCACCUUCCCUCCUCUUCUCCUCUCAUCCUUCUCUCCAAGCUGACACCACACUGCACUGAACUGUAGUCAAACUUUCCAUCCCCUCUGCCUGCUUGAUCAUUUACCUACAAACCAGCCUGUUGACGUUUAAUAGACUGGCUGUGCAGGACAGCAACUCACGCAUUCACCCCUUCCUUUUCUCUUCUUUUUCUCUCUGUUCCUUUCUUUUCCUUUUGACUGUGCUGUUUUUCACAGUUCAAUGCAACAUGAAGAUUGUAAUGUAUGUAGAGCUGUGCUCUCUAUCUCUCUAUCGUCCGUUCUCCUCUCUCUCAUUCUCUCCCUCUUUGUGGCUAAAUUUAGACCUCACUGUGUUGCAUACAUGGUUAUUGAUUUCUAAUGGAGAAAAAACAUCACUUGUUUUAUACCCAGAGACUCUGUACGAUGAAGAGAAUGGCAGUCAACUACAGCGCUCUCUCUCUCUCCCCUCUCUCUCUCUCUCUACUCUUUCUAGCUCUCUCUUAAUCUCUCUCACCUCUCACUCUCUCUCUCUCUCUCGUCAUAUUAUCAUGUGUAGGAGAAGACCAGCAGCUAUAAUUCCCAUGAUUUAGAUACCAGAUGGUCGAGCUAAUAACCAGGCACAUGAAGGGAGUGUGUGCUUUCAUGCAUGUGUGUGUCUCAACAUGGCUUUUCAUUGUGUUCCUAUGUGAUGGGAACUGUACUAUGCUGAUCUCUUUACCGUCAGUAUGCCAGUAAUGGUAUUAGUACAUUAUUACUGUAUGGAGAUGUUGUUACAGGGGUAAUGAUGAUGAUGUCCUGACCAGAGGAAAUGAUCAUCUCUACUAGUUCCCCAUGGGAUUGUACACCACACACUUCAGAGUGGCUAUUUUGCAUUGGCACAUCACACACACACUCCUCAACAUUUAGCGCUGAUAUUCAUAUGUGCACGCACGCACACACACACACACACGAUACCCCUAAAUGAGGAUGGACAAAGCAGAGCCCUGGUGAGGAUGGAGUGGUGGAAUAAUAAACGAGUGUCCUCUGAGAGAUGAGUGUGUCUCAGUGAGCUCCUGAUUGAUGUCUGGAUUAGAGGGAGGAAGAGAGGGAACACGGGAGGCAGAGGAAGAGAGAAGGGUGCGUGGCAAGCUUUGAUGUUUCCCGCCGGCUUCUCAAAAUGUCAGCUGGAAUCCAAAAUGGCUGAAGAGAAGCGUGUGUGUGUGUGUGUGUGUUUCAUAACAAUUACACACACACACACUCUCUCUCUAGCCUCCAAGUCCCUCCUAUGCCGUGCAUUAUAUGUGUGGCUGUGAAUGAGCACUACAGAGAGAUAGCUGCUAAUUGCGGUGAAAUUUGAACAGAGAGACAGAGUUGUCUGAUGAAUAACUAGUGAGAGUAAUACCAUCAUAUGUCCUGCUCUGCUCACUCACUCACUCACUCACUCACACACACACACACACACACCCAACUCUGCUCUGACAUUCUGUCACUCUCACUUCCCGGAGCUCCACACAUCAAAUUUUUUGCUUUACAUUGUGUGUAAGGCAAUGUUCAUACAGCAUGUUCUUAUACAGUAUGUUCCUCAUCAGGGGGGAUGACAUGUGUGUGAGAGGGGUUGCUUGCUGUGUCUGUGAUGCUCCCUUGGGGAAAGUUACAGAAAUCACCAUCUGGUAUCUAAUCAUGGGAAAGGGUAGGUUUCAAAAUGGUACCCUACUGUAAUACCCAUCUAGUGCACUACUUUUGACUAGAGCCCUAUGUAGGGAAUAGGGUGCCAUUUGGGAUGAGGCAUAAGUCAAUGCUGAUGAUGGUCUUCUCUCUUCUUUUGUGGGCAGUGAAGUCAGGGUUGGCUGUGGGUGUUUCACUGGGCGUUACGAUGAGAGGAGAAAUCUACUGUAAAGUGAACAAUUAAUAGAAGAUGAAAUAUCUCCAAAUUGGGUGUUUGCUGGUUUGAAAAGUAUCAUUUUGUGAUAUAGUUUAGAUCGGUAGUUUGCAGACACUAACUGAGUGAAUCGAUUCUGUAUUAUAUCUGCAUGUGGUAAGUGAUUGGUAGCUAGCUAUCUUUUUUUCAAGAAAAGCAACGGAAAAAACGAAGUCGGGGUAAAAAACAAACAGUAAAAUGCUUCUCUUCUCUUGUUCUCUUGAUUUCUGUUUUCUGUAUGUAUAUUUUUCUUUCCGACUACCCUAAAAAAAUACUGUCACGUUGUGUUCUCUGAAUGUUUGUGUUUUAAUUUAUUUGUGGUUUGCCAAAAUGAAGAUUUUGAAGCAUGUCGCAGGUAUUGUCACAGAAAAAGAGAAAAAUAAAUCCGAACUAAGAAUGAUGAUGUGUAUCUGUGUCAGAAGGGUGUUCAGGUGUAUAUUUUGUGGGAGACUUUCAAGGAACCAGAUUAAGAAGGACUAGAUAAUGAUGUCAUAAAGCCCCAACAUUCUCCAGGAAGUAAUCUGUCACAAGGAGCAGAAUUCUAUGGAGCUCAAUGGAACUGAAGGAUCAAUCAACUCUUGGCUCUCACAUGUAUUUCCUACUCUCCUCUGUGAUAUCACCAAUGUCCAUCCUUCUUUCUCUGGUUCCGGACUGCGUUACUGCUUGGGUAGAAGUUGGCCUUAGACACAGAUCUAGGAUCAGCUUACCCUGCCUAAACCCUAACCAUUAGAGUGGAAUGUGCAAAUAUGUUUCUAGAUCAGUUUCUAUGAGCAACUUCACCCUACUCCCGACUGAAGUGUGUAGUCCAGCCCGAGGUCAACGGUUCAAAAGGUGAAAGGUCGUUGCAAGACCAAACAGGAAUGUGCAAUAAAAGUUACGGCUUAUUGAAACUGA